AAAAAAUAUGAAAUACGUACAUAUUGAUCUCUCCUUUUAUAUACUGUGGGUUAUAAGCAAAAUAAUCAAUAACUUCUACCAUGGAAAAUUCGUUUAUCUCCACAGGUGUAUGUGGACAUAACAUAGUUUGUUGAAGAUUUUGCUUUUUCCUUAUGAUUUAAUUGAUUUUUAGUUUCAAUGAUGGAGUUUUUUAAAGCAUUAAGUUUAUUUGACAGAGGAAAGUAUGAAGAAUGUGCAACAAUAUGUACAAAUUUAUUAAGAAAAAGUCCACUUGAUCAGGCUGUCUGGGUAUUAAAAAUGCGUACCUUAACAUUACAAGUAUACGUAGAUGACAUAGAAGGAGAAGAAGAAGGUAUUGCUGAGACUUUACUGGAUAAUUAUACGAUAUCUUCUAUGCCCAGACCAGGAACAUCUUUGAAACAACCUGGUACCUCUUAUGCAGGACAAUAUCUUAGACCUAAAACGCAAUCAGGUCGUCCAGUUACGGGAGUCGUACGACCAGCUACUCAAUCUGCAACAUCUCAGUCACUUGAACAGACAUUAAGAACACCAAGAACUGCUAUGACAGCCAGACCAAUUACUGCAAGUUCCAGUCGUAAUGUUAGAUUAGGUACAGCAUCUAUGUUAACAGAGCCUGGAGGACCUUUUAUACAAUUAUCAAGAUUAAAUAUUUCUAAAUAUGCUAGUCAAGCUAGUAUUGCAAAACCACUGUUUGAGUAUAUAUAUUAUCAUGAACAUGAUGCAUUAGAUUUAGCAGUUCAGGCAACACAAGUCUGUCAAUACAAAGACUGGUGGUGGAAAGUACAAUUAGGAAAAUGUUAUUAUAGUUUAGGCUUGGUAAGAGAUGCAGAGCAGCAGUUCAAGUCAGCUUUAAGGGACUGUAAAACCAUUGAAACAAUUUUAAGAUUAGUUAGAGUUUACAUUAAACUUGAUCAACCAUUAGCUGCCAUAGACGCAUGUAAGAAGGGUCUUGAACAUUUUCCUAAUGAUGUGAAUAUCCUCACUGAAAUGGGACGUAUAUUUGAUGGCUUAAAUAAUAUGAGCAUGUCAUUAAAGUAUUAUAAAAUCAUUGUUCAAGAAGAUGCUUCGCAUACAGAAGCAAUAGCCAGUAUUGGAAUGCAUCAUUUUUAUAGCGAUCAACCAGAAUUAGCGCUGCGUUAUUACAGACGAUUGUUACAAAUGGGUGUGUAUAACACUGAAUUAUUUAAUAAUCUUGGACUGUGCUGUUUUUAUGCUCAACAGUAUGACCACGUUAUAUCUUGUUUUGAAAGAGCACUUAGUCUUUCCACCGAUGAAAAUAUAGCAGACGUGUGGUACAAUAUUUCUCAUAUUGCACUCAGUAUAGGCGAUACAAUAAUGGCAGAAGAAUGUUUGAAGUUAACUAUUGUAAGUGACAAUAGACAUGCUUUAGCAUAUAAUAAUCUUGGAGUUAUACAAAUACGAAAUGGAAAUAUAACAGCAGCAAAAACAUAUUUUCAUGCUGCUGCUAACAUUGCCAAUUUUAUUUAUGAGCCGCAUUUUAACAGUGCUUAUUUAGCUUACGAGGUUGGAGAUCUUCAAACAAGUUAUAUUGCCAUACAAAAAUCUUUAAGUGCAUAUCCUGGUCACUGCGAUAGUAGAAGUCUUUUUAAUAAAUUAGAAAGAUAUUUUUCAUAUAUGUAAAAUUUUCACUAUAGUAUCAAUAUUAUCUAUAUAGCACGUAUAAAAGAAAAAAUACACGAAUAUCAUUGAAAAUUAUGUAAAUGAAAUGAUUAUAAU